CUCCAUCAUCCGAUCCAACGGUAGCCCUAACCGUACUGUGAUAGCAGAGCUUGAGUCCCUUCCUCGCUCUCUUCAUCUGUUCAUCGUCCUCCCCGAGCUCCGCUCGGACGCUUCCUCCUCCCUCCCCUCUCCUCUUCUCCUCUCUAAUGGCGACGCGGCACCGCGCGCCAUCGUGCGCCCGCGCCCUCGUCCUCGGCGCCGCGCUUGUGUGGUUCGCGCCGCUCCUCGCCCUCGCGCGGGGAGCUUGCGAGCUCAGCGUCGUCCACCGCAACACUCUCUACAACUACACGUUGGCCUCGCCCACGCCGAAGCACCCCCAUGGCGUUCUCAGCGAGGAUGGGUUCUACAGGGUAGCAGUUAACGAUUCAAUUCUCUGGUUCCAGCUGUGCGACCAGAUGAUAUUUAACCAUGACCCGCCAACUUGUCACGGUUGUCAGAGCUGUGGAGGUCCGCUACGUUGCGGCAUGAAAUGCAGCGGGUUAGUGUCAAAUAACGUAGGAGGGUAUGAUGUUUGUACAACUAUUGGCAUAGGUUCAAAUCAGCAAAUUACACUCAUUGAUAAAAACAAUCCUCAGAAAGGAGUCAUGGUCAAGAUGGUAUUGACAGAUUGCUCGCUCUCUGUUUCCGUCUUCUGUGAUUCAAACGUGGUCCAAUUACCAGAAACAUUUGACAUAUCAGGGACGUGCGACUAUGCUACAGCACUUAGGCAUCCAUCUGGUUGUGCAAAAGCUAUUUCUGUCAGCGGAAAGGGAUGGGGCUGGUUUGGAACUCUCAUCAUGAUAAUUAUCUGCCUUCUUUUAGGAUACAUCUUGGUCGGCACAGUUUAUAGAUUCUUUUUCCUUGGAAUUCAUGGUGUAGAGGCUAUUCCAAACUUGCAAUUUUGGAUCAAUCUGCCACAAAGAGCAAGGAUUAUGAUAAGUUCUUUAAUAAGAAAGUUAAGCGGCCGCAGCGGGGAUAGUCAAGGUUCCUAUGCUCGAAUGAACUAUUGAGGAGCAUAUUUUCACCAAAAUUUUUUAUGAAUUGUCCACAAUGCCGAUCCAGAAAACUUAUUCAGACAGACAGUAAGCAUAUGCCUCGGAAUUUCGUAAGUCAGACGAACUAAAUCUAUACAAAUGUGGCACGAAUUUUAGGUAAAUCCUUUCUUUCCUUUCCACGCAAGCUCUUAUUAGACUAUUAGCGAUAUUUCAGCAGUUGUAUUUAAAUUUCUUGAUGGAUAUCAAAUAAUUUUUCCCCUGCUAGUCACCAUUGAUUCCUCUUUAUCUUGUUUACUAUGCUAUCAAAGACUCAAUUUCUUCACGGUUUUGUAAUGCAAAUGUAAUGAUUCUGGAGAAUUUUAGUGGUAAUCUUUGACACUCAUUUUUAUUGCCACAAAUAUAGGUAGGUAUUGGAAAGUUGGAAUGAAUGUGACAUGGCAUAAAGGCUACUUUUGUUUUAUUUCAA